AUGGGGCGAAUGUUUGGCGGCAUCACGACAACGUAUAGCUAGCGGCACUUCGCUAAUGGACGAAGAACGACAAGCUCAAUCAUGUUACUAUAAUGCCAAGAAGAAAAAGUUUACACACUUUGAAUGUUGGGAAGUGGUUAAAGAUCAUCCAUCUUUCGUUGCGGUGCUACCUACUACUCCAUCUCCAUAUGCAAGUAGUUACCACGGUACUCCUUCCGCAACUGAAUCAUCUCCAACCAUCAAUUUGGAUGACGACCAAUUGAAUGAGACACCUCAAAGCAACACGGCAACUCCAUCGAGUCCACCUAGACCAAUGGGAACCAAGGCGGCAAAGGAAGCUAGGCGCCAAAAGAAACAUGGUAAGACUCCUAUUGAGCAACGGGUGGAGGUUUUGCAUACCAUUGCAAGUGACCAAGCAUCAUGGCAUACCAAGAGGCUAGCCCAUAAUGAAAGUGAGCUUAAUUAUUAUGCGGAGUACAUAGACAUUCAAAAGCGAAAAGAAGCAAGGGCGGAAGAAGAGUUACGAUUGAAGAAACAAGAGAAUGACACAAGGAUCAUGACAAUGGAUUUGGAGGCUAUGACCCCAAUCUCGAAAAGGUAUUUUACCAAGAGGAAACUAGCAAUCCUUAAUGAAGGAGAAGCUAGUCAAGAUCAACCUACCGAUGAAACAUAUUCGGAUUGUUAUCACCCAAAUCGCGUGCUUUUUCCAUAGUAGUUAUAGUAUUGUACUAAGAAUAAAUCUGGGCUUGGCUCGUCAUUUUAUGUAAUUUAAAUUUUUCGAGAAAUAAAAUGCAAUUUAUUUAUUAAGUUGAAAUUGAAAUACACAUUGGGUGCAUCUAAGUUGAUUUUUCUCCGUUUUAAGGUGUGUUAUGGCCUUUAGAAAUACUGUUUUUCAAGUUUAAUACCCCCAGUAGAAGUUUACUACCUCUAGUAAACUUUAGUAAAAAUUUUACUAACCCCAGUAAACUUUAUUUUUUGCAUCUAAGUUGAUUUUUCUCCGUUUUAAGGUGUGUUAUGGCCUUUAGAAAUACUCUUUUUCAAGUUUAAUACCCCCAGUAGAAGUUUACUACCUCUAGUAAACUUUAGUAAAAAUUUUACUAACCCCAGUAAACUUUAUUUUUUGCAUCUAAGUUGAUUUUUCUCCGUUUUAAGGUGUGUUAUGGCCUUUAGAAAUACUCUUUUUCAAGUUUAAUACCCCCAGUAGAAGUUUACUACCUCUAGUAAACUUUAGUAAAAAUUUUACUAACCCCAGUAAACUUUAUUUUUUGCAUCUAAGUUGAUUUUUCUCCGUUUUAAGGUGUGUUAUGGCCUUUAGAAAUACUCUUUUUCAAGUUUAAUACCCCCAGUAGAAGUUUACUACCUCUAGUAAACUUUAGUAAAAAUUUUACUAACCCCAGUAAACUUUAUUUUUUGCAUCUAAGUUGAUUUUUCUCCGUUUUAAGGUGUGUUAUGGCCUUUAGAAAUACUCUUUUUCAAGUUUAAUACCCCCAGUAGAAGUUUACUACCUCUAGUAAACUUUAGUAAAAAUUUUACUAACCCCAGUAAACUUUAUUUUUUGCAUCUAAGUUGAUUUUUCUCCGUUUUAAGGUGUGUUAUGGCCUUUAGAAAUAC